AAAGGUUACAGCUUUCCCGUUUAAUUCGAAGUCUCUCCCGUAAUUCUUCCUCCGCCGUACCUGAUUCCAUCCCUCUUGAUUAACAGUCUCUCCCAUUCUUUUUUACUUACCGUAUGUAUAUAUAUUCUAAAGUAACAUUUUAACUGUACUCGGGUUUCUGAAUGACUUUAAGACCAUAUUAUUUAAGACUAUUAUACUAUAGUUGAAAAGAACGGUGAAAACCACAUACUUUUUUCAAUCAAGGACAUUUCCUAGUCAAGUCAACGUCAGCAAAGCAUUAAAGCGUUAGGCAAAGCUUCUAUGGCAAGCUAAUAAGCUAUCAGCUUCCAUGACAAAACUUUAAAAAAAAAAAAAAAAAACCCUUUCUUUCUUCAAGGCUUUCAACCUAGUCCAGAAAUGGUGAACACCAGAUCUAAAAUCAACAAAAUCCAGAACACCAUAAACCUCUGGUUCUCGAAGGCUGCCAUGGCCGACACCAAUCAUCUGGCCACGGAGUCUGGAGCUCUGAUCGGUUGCAACGACGAUCUUUUAAUUGAAAUCCUUCUCCGAUUGCCGGUAACCUCUGUUCUUCGAUUCAAAUCUGUAUCCAAACACUGGCGUUCCCUUUUGAGUAACCGGCGAUUUACCCUCCUGUAUAAAAAUGCUUCCUUCUCUCCUGGUUUUUUUGCUCGCAGUUUGUAUAUUCCAUUUGAUGAUGAGAACGAAAGCAUUCCUCCUUUUCGUAAUCUCGACUUCUAUCCUGAUCCCCAUGGUAUUAGAAUCUUGCAAUCUUGUAACGGAUUGCUGCUUUGUCGUAGCAAUGAAGGGGACGAACGUGUGUAUAAAUAUUACGUAUUUAAUCCCACCACCAAGCAAUUUGCAGUCAUCCCAUCAAUUCUCGGAGGCAUGGCUGUUCGUAAAACCAUCAUAUUUAUGGCUUUGGCAUUUCAUCAAACAGAUUGUGUUCACUACAAGGUUGUUUGCUUUUACUUUCCUGAGCCUGACGAUGUGAUUAAGGUUCAAAUCUACUCCUCCGAAACAGGGAAAUGGAAGAUUUCAGAUGAUUAUAUGUCUUUACCCGAUUACUAUAUUCCACCCUUGGACUACAUAGUUUUUUGGAAUCAAGCGAUCCACUGGGUUCCCUUCGGCGACAAGUCGUACUUCAAGCUCGACACAGAAGAAUUUCAAUCGCUGCCCUUACCUGUGAGAGUGGCGUCUUCUGAAGCUGAUGAAAGCAUGGAUCAUAUUAUGACCCUUUACUUCGGGGAGUCACGAGGCCAUCUGCAUUUGGUGAAGAGGGUCGAUCCCAGUGAGAGCCGUUUACAUCUGAAUGUGUUCGAGAUGUUAAACGAUUAUUCUGGGUGGUUUCUUAAGUAUCGAGUUGACCUUGAUGAACUUCCGGAUGCUUAUCCUGAGAUUAUCAAUAGCUAUUUUGAUCCAUUGAGCUUGGGUUAUUACAUAUUUGAUGUGUUUGAUGUGGUUAGGGGUGAAGAAGAAGAAGAAACAUUUAUGGUGAUCAGAGUUCCAGGGAAGGUCAUAAGGUAUAAUGUCGUGGACAAGAGUUUCAAGCAGAUAUCUGACCAGAUCGGACAAACCAGACGCAAACAUGUUCAUCGUUAUAUUGAGUCUUUGGUGUCUUUCUAAUAUGAGUAAGGUCCAGUUUGUGUGUAACCUUCAAAAUCCUAUUUUCUACUAUUACUUUAUGAGGAAUCAAAGAAAGGCUAACUCGCUCUUAAAAGCACUCCAAUUGAA